CACGAAAUCUAGUAAUUAUCUAUCUUCCUCCACAAAUGACACACAGAUUCAUAUUCAUCAGGUAGACAAAAAUGAUGCUACCCUAUGUAAAACUUUUGACCCCAUCGGCAAAAUUUCUACCGUCACCUGUAGAGCCACUGCAGCACAUCCGGAGAACCACCGUAGGAGCAUCUCCGUCAUUGGAACGAAACUGCAAAUUAUCGCGACGGAAUCUAAGUAAAUCCUCGUUGCUUCUACUCCUCACUACUCAAACAACUCUAACGCCAUUGCUCGACUUCUCUAAUGCUCAAGCAGAUACAAUUGAUAAUCCUAAUCCCACAAAUUGCGAAAACAGAAUUCCGACUAAGAAAGCGUUCAUCGACGUAUCGAUCGACGGAGAACCAAUCGGACGGAUCAUAAUCGGAUUAUACGGAGACGAUGUUCCGGCGGGAACAGCUAGGUUCAGCAGCAUUGUAAGCGGGAAAGCCGGAAUCAGUUACCGGAGAAAAGAAUUUGUGAAGAUCAUGCCAGGCUAUGUCCAGCACGGCGGAAUUAGAUCGUACGGUGUCGACGCCGAGCGAGCCACCGCCGCCGUCGGGAGUCUUCAAAACCUAAUUGAAGAAUGGGAGAGAGGUAAAAGAGGAGAGAUAUGUAAUGUAAAUAAGGCGGGAAGUGUUGGAAUUGUGGUGAGAGAUCCGUCGAAACCGCCGCCGAAGACGAAGCUUGUGGCGAGAAAUGGGAAGCUUCAGGUGGAAGAAGAGGUAAUUGCGGUGGGACCGAACGGAACGGAGUUUGUUAUAACGGCGGUUGAUUCGCCGGAGUUGGAGGAUUCGGUUUUGGUGAUUGGGAAGGUUUUGGAAGGAAUGGGAGUUGUGGAGAAGAUGAGAGAAGUGAAGACAGUGAGGGAUAACACUUCAUCUCCUUAUUUCAGAGUGGCUAAAGUGAUCGGAGAUAAGAGAGCUGUGGUGGCGGAGAGAGGGUUUAAUCGGCCUUAUUCUAAGGUUGUAGUCACCAAUUGUGGUUUAAUCGAGUCACAAACUCUAUGAAUGAGCUCAUAGUUUGUUGGUAACGUUUUUUGUGGUAUGCAAGACAUAGAAAGAUUGCAGCCAUUGUGUUUGGUGGAACUGCAUUAUCAGUUGAGAAAUUUAUAAGCGUGAUUAUGAAAAUCUUGUCUUUGGCCAGAGCAUAGAUUUGUUGGGGCCUUAACUAGAUAUUAAAGAACUUAAAUGAGU